UUUUUAUUAUAUAUAUAUAAGUCAGUAAUAGUUAUUUGUCAAAAGAAUCAGAAAACAAUAUGGCACUGCAAAAGUUUUCGGCGAAGAAAUUAGAGCGAGUAGAUACCAAAUACUUUCAAUGCGAAGCUUGCAAUACCCACAUUGCCCAAUGUGAAGAUAUCUAUUUCUUCAUUCCAGGUGAGCGCAUAAUUGAACAUGGAAUGGUCUUCCACAAACUUGCGAAUGUGCGAAUAGACGAACCUAUAAACCACCACCAACUUGGUCGUCACACCGUAGCUGAUAUUUACUGCAUCAGAUGUGGUAAUAAACUCGGCUGGAAAUACAUUAAAGUUUGUGGUCUUCAUAUUCAUCACCAUGCCGGAUCAAAUUACACUCUCAGAGAUAAUAUGAUGAAACUACUAAUGUCUAAGCUAUUGCAAAUGUCAUCACCAGGACUGGAUUAUACAGCUCCUCCAGUAAUGGAGAAUAAACACUGAAUAAAAUUAUUUGAGAGAGCUAAUAAUAAUUUAAUUAAAUUACUACUUAGUUUUGAAUUAGUUCUAUUAUAGAUUAUUGUUCUUCAUUUUAUACUUCAGAAGUUGAAAUACAAUUCAUUUUUUUGGUUCACAUUUACAGUGUUGCAAUGAUAAUUAGCAAUAACAGAUAAGUAAAUCAGGAUAUUCAAAGAUUGCUGAUAAUUUGUGUUUGUUAUACAAUUUGCCUAUGUUUGGUGGUUGUAUUUUGGGAGAAAAUAUGUAAAUUGGAAUGGAUUUUGUAGGAAACUCGAACCGCAUAGCAAACUACAUUUGUUCGAUUUGUUGGAUUUCGCCAUUUCUUUCGUUCAUGCGAUUCGCACGAAUAUGGUAUUUUUCUCGAACAAAUGUAGCAAACUAGGGUGGUUCCGGAGCCCAAAGAAGGGUCGUAGAUUUUUCUGCGAAAGUUUUGGAGAAAACUACCCAGAAUCUCGAUGGUUUAGGGAGAGGUUGAUUUUCGUAUAUAUUGCUUCAACUUAUCAAUUUGAUUUGGUAAGAUGGUGAAGGAGUUCAUUCCUAACACAAAACAUGAGGGUAGUUUUGGUAUAGCAGAAAUUGAGGGGGUUUGAUUUAUUAAAAUAAUGAGGUACGUGUUUACUUCUAAUAUUUUUCAAAAUGGGGGUAUGCCUAGGGGUGUUCAUAAGGUGCCUUACCAGAAUUUUGUAAUUCUAAUAUUUUGUAUCGUUCACCAAACCGAACUAUUUGGUUCGGUGUCUUUUUUUAUCGAACUAUUUGGUUCGGUACGAUUUUUUACCGAACUAUUCGGUACGGUUUUUUACCAAACUAUUCGGUUCCGUACUGGUAUCGAAAUAUAUUUUCUUAUUUUAGAAAAUAAAAAAAAUAAAAAUUUAAAGGAAAUAAUUCUUGAAUUUGACAUUCAAAUUUCAAUAAUCGGCCUUAAAAACCAAAAGUGAUUAGGCUAAUUUGUAACCAAUGGAAAAAAUUAUCAAUCUAAAAGUAUUUUAUAACUUUUAAGGAUUUAAAGUAAAAGAAAAUAAUACAUGUAUAUUAAAUAUUUCGGUAUUCGGUACGGUAUGGUAUACCGGGCCUAAUUGAAUUUCGGUUCGAUACGAUUCGGUCGAUUUAACAACUGAGCGAACACCUCUAGGUAUGCCUCAUUCAGAACAACUCCAAUGGAGUAAUAAAAUGGGUUAUCAAAACA